UCACUAUCAGGACUCUUAUUUCUUAUCAGGAGAGCUGUCAUUGCCGCUCUAGCUCUCCGGCCCGCCCCUUCAACUGCCGCGAAAGGAGGCAAUUAUGGAGCUCGACAAUGACACCCGUGGCUGGAUUAUGACCGCCUUGAGUGGAAUAGCAUGCAUUAUUGGCGCCUCCAUCAUUUGCGUCGACAUCUUGAUCAGGCUAAUACCCAGUCAAAGAAACUUCAGAAUUCAAGACAGUAACGCCUUUCUCUCGUGCUCCUUCAGCUUGACGUUUGGCCUCAUGCUGUUUCUGUCCUUGUUUAGCGUGCUCGGCUCAGCAAAGAGCUCUCUCCAAAAGGGCGGUUUUUCGUUGAAAGGCGCGGCCUGGACCUUGAUCGCCUGCUUUCUAGCCGGCGUUAUUGGCAUUCAAUGGGUGUCAAAUAUACUACACCGUUUUAUGCCAACUCAUGUUGUGGAUUGCGACCACACCCACGAUGAGGAGGCGCCAGCUGACGACCACGACCACGACAAAGCCGGACCGGCGAGAGACCAUAGUCAUGGCUCUCACGAUCACUAUCACGACAGCGCAGUCAGCUUUGAAGCGUCAUCGCAAGGCGAGAUGUUUGAAAGACCGCACCGCGAGGCCGUACGCAGACCAUCCUUUCCAGCUCAGUUGACGCACAAAGUGUCGCAAAUCAUGUCCAGCUCCAAAGCCAAGUGCGAUGAGGUCGGGCCGUGUUAUGGCUAUUCAGAUCCUUGUGGGAUAGAUUGCUUCAAGAUUGUUCACGCAAGAGGAGGAAUCAGGAUACCGCCUGGUGCUCUCUCUAAGGCACCAGGUUUGGUACGAAGCGCUACCACAAGCACGCCUCACCACACAAUUGUAGGAGAGCGACAGCCACUACUGCAGCAUGUGGAUGCGGAUCUAUCGGCUUCUAGCCAAUCCUUGCUGUCUGACACCGGCUACAACACACUUUCAAGACCUGACCCUGCAACACACGUUAACGGCAACGGCAAUCGCUCGACCAAACCCCAUAGCACUCACUCCAGUAUCAGCCAUCACUACGACGAGCACGAACAUGACCACCACGACCACGGACCGAAUCACCACCACCACGGCCCUCCCGACCCCAACCAUCACCACCAUCACGUCCCCACCAACGCCUUCUUGUCCGUGGGCCUGCAAACCUCAAUUGCGAUUGCGCUGCACAAGCUGCCUGAGGGCUUCAUCACGUAUGCCACCAACCAUGCUAACCCGCAACUUGGGCUUUCCGUCUUCCUUGCCCUCUUCAUUCACAACAUCGUUGAGGGCUUCGCCAUGGCUCUGCCCCUCUAUCUCGCUGUCAACAGCCGCUGGAAGGCCAUGUUCUGGAGCAGCUUGCUUGGCGGCGUCAGCCAGCCUCUUGGUGCCGGCAUCGCCGCCCUCUGGUUCAAGGCUGCCGGCCGAAGCGGCUUCGCCCAGCCCAGCGAGGCCGUCUAUGGCGGCAUGUUUGCCGUGACUGCUGGCAUCAUGGCCUCGGUCGCCCUGCAGCUCUUUACGGAGGCUAUGGACCUCACGCAUAACCGCCGGAUGUGCAUGAUUUUCGCGUUUAUUGGAAUGGGCAUCUUGGGAGCCAGUUCGGCAUUGACGGCCUAAUUUGAGUGUAAGUAUGUAGUGCGGAGCAAGGCCGCUUUUCUUGUUUAUGUGGGUUUGAAUGUAGUAUUUCGGUUAUACAUAGGCGCGGCCUGAGACAAACAGAUUGGGGCAUACACGAUUGAUUUCUCUUUGGCAUAAGACUGUAAAUUCCCUAUUCACCUGAAGCGUAGCUUAUUCUACGAAUGUUUUUUUGUGGUAGCAGAACCAUAACCAUCGUUGGCGAAGGAAAGAUUAAUCAGUCACUGAGGGC